CCUCGUGCAGGGGUCCAUCAGCCUCCCGGAAGACGCUGCAGUGUUUACAAACGCGUGAAGCACGUGUGAUUGUCCCAGCAGUGUUCAUCUGUACAGACUGAUCAACAUGAGGGUUGUGGCGUUGAUCAGUGGCGGGAAAGACAGCUGUUAUAACAUGAUGCAGUGUGUGUCUGCUGGACACUCGAUCGUAGCCCUCGCCAACCUCAUGCCUCACAAACACGCUGUUUCAGAUGAAUUGGACAGUUAUAUGUAUCAGACUGUUGGAUAUCAAGCCAUUGAUCUGUACGCUGAGGCGAUGGAUCUUCCCCUGUACAGGCGCACUAUUGAGGGAUCAAGUCUGGACACAGGGAGAGAAUACAGCCCGACAGAUGGAGAUGAAGUGGAAGAUCUUUACCAGCUCUUAAACCUUGUCAAGGAGAAGGAGAAGAUUGAGGGCGUGUCUGUGGGAGCCAUUCUGUCUGAUUAUCAGCGAGUUCGUGUGGAGGAUGUGUGUGCACGACUUCAGCUUCAGUCGCUGGCGUACCUGUGGCACAGAGAUCAGUCUGAACUGCUCAGUGAGAUGAUAUCCAGUGGUAUUAAUGCCCUCCUCAUCAAAGUGGCUGCAUUCGGAUUGGAUCCAGAGAGACAUUUAGGAAAGUCCCUGGCACAGAUGGAGUCCUGUCUGCAAGAGCUUUCACAGAAGUAUGGAGUUCAUAUCUGCGGUGAAGGGGGUGAAUAUGAGACCUUUACCACUGACUGUCCACUGUUUAAAAAGAAGAUUGUCAUUGACGCUAUGGAAACUAUCAUUCACUCGGCUGAUGCCUUUGCUCCUGUGGGUUACCUACGCUUUACACAAAUGCACACGGAAAUCAAACAUGAGGACCCUGACAGUCGGCCGAUGGCUCUCAGUAGAUGUUCUUGCCUUAACACCAUAGAUGGGAUAAAGGAGGAGCUGGAAUAUUCUGGUGAAUGUUCAGAUGAUCUGGAAGAGUUUUCAUCAAACACUGUGAGCUGCCGUCAUGAUGAGCUGGAGCGACAGACUUCAAUCUCAUCCAGGAGCUCAAUGGGUUACCAGUGGAUAACUGGUCUGACGGGGCAGCACGCAGACGUCCACAGUCAAACCCAGCACGUUUUCACACUACUGGAAAGUGAACUAGAGGAGAGAGGUUUGCUGUUGAAUCAUGUUGUUUUGGUUCAUGUGUAUGUGAGUGAUAUGAAGAACUUCAGUCAGAUCAACUCUGUGUACUGCAGCUUCUUCAAACACAAACCACCAGCGAGGGUCUGCGUUCAGGUCCCUUUGCCUCUCCACCAGCUUCUGAGGGUGGACGUUCUUCUUCAUCACUGUGAGGAUGAUGAGAGAUUGCUUCAGAGAGAAAGACUUCAUGUCCAGAGUUUGUCUCAUUGGGCCCCGGCCAACAUCGGCCCCUACAGUCAGGCUGUGCGGCUGGACGAGGCCGUGUUUUGUGCGGGUCAGAUCGCUCUGGUACCCUGCACCAUGCAGCUGGUGAGCGGGUCGGUGGAUCUUCAGGCUUUGCUUUGCUUCAGUCAUAUGGAGAAAGUUCUGGGCGCUGUGAAGUCCAGCCUGACGUUAAAUCACGUGAUGCAGGCUCACAUAUACGUCACACACCGUAAAUAUAUCCCCACCGUCACGGCAGCCUGGAGCAGAAAACUACACAACAUCCAGUCGGACCGUGAGGAGAUUACAGCUCUGAUUCAAAGCAGCAUUGAAGUCGUGUCAUCUUUACCUCGAGGAGCAAAAGUUGAACUGCAUGUCAUCGCUGUCCAUGAUGAACCCAGACACAGAACUUCCUGUCACAUGACAUCACAGAUACCGGGCGGCACAAUCGAAUGCCAGUUACUGCAGUCCGGUUGCGGCCGAUACGCCGCCAUUUCUUUGUCUUUGUGUAUUAAAGCGGUAAAGCCGAUAGAAGAGCUGACGGGAACUGAAAGAAUCGUUGAUGCUCUGCUGUCUUCAGUCCGGGACGCUCUGGAGAAAACUGAGAAGAAUCUCACAGCGCUGUGUGCAAGAGUCUUUUAUCAUCCAUCCAUCACAGACAUCGCCACAGGGUUGGAAAGACGUUUGAGAAAGGAUCCGGACCGAUGUGCUCCCGCUGUGGCUCUUGUUCCUGUUGAGGCGCUGCCUGACCGUCGUCUUCUUCAGGUCUCCUGUUGGCUCAGUGUUUAAUAAAUCAUCUCACAGAGAAACUCAAACCAACAACAGACCAUCAAUUUACUGAUGUUGAAAGAUUUUCUUUGUGUCUUUAAUACACAGCAUGAAUCUUUCAAGAAAUACAGCAUUUUUAAAUCAACUUCUGGAAAACAUAAUUUGUCACUUAACUUACAGGGGACAUAUCAUGAAAAUCAGACUGUUUUCAUGUUUACGUGCUAUAAUUGGGUCCCCAGUGCAACCCAGUAACUUAGUUUUGGUAAACCACUCUCUGCAAGCAUGUGAAAAAAUAAGUCAUUGAAAUUUGUCUCCCCUUGUGAUGUCAGAAGGGGAUCUUUCAGUUAGGUUAUUAUUGUGUGUGACAUUACAUUUGAAGACCGUUUAAAGACUAAUGCUUCGGUUAGUUUAAUAGACAAAGAUAAAUGAAAUCUGUGACCCUGGUCAUAAGUCACAUUGGUAUAUUUCUAGCCAUAGUCAACAGUACCUUGUAAGGAUCAAAAUGAUCGAUUAUGAUCUCAUGUAAAGAUCAUGAAGAUAUUUUGUAAAUGUUCUAUCAUUAAUUUAUAAACUUUUUGAGAUUGGAUGCAGCAAAGUCGCAAACAAAAUUGGAACUCGCCUACAAACUUUGCUCUUUAGGAAAAACCCACUCAAGUGUGGUGUCUAUUUAAAGGUGUAAUGUGGGGUUUUAGUGGCAUCUGGUGGUGAGAUUGUGAAUUCCAACCAACAGCUGCCCCUCUAUUUUAAGACGCACAGAGAAGUUAAGGUAGCUGCCACAGGACAAACAUGUCAUCAUAUAAGACAGCGUAGUGAUAAAGUAACCCUAACACUUUAUAGAUCAGUUUGUCGUAGAGAGCGCUAAAGGUGAAUUUCUCAAUAUUUCAAAGCAGAAUAUCAGAGAUGUGAUGAAGACCUGAAGAUUUCACACACUCUUAGAACGAAUGUGUUAAAAACAACACAUUAGUGUUGAUUCUGGGACAACACACUAACUGCAUUGUCCCAGAAUCCACCCAUCUCUGUGUUAUUAUUGAAACAACACAUUUUGUGUUACUUUUAACACAACAUGUGUUAUAUUUUAACACAAAAUCAACACAAAAUGACACAUAAUGUGUUAAAAUUACACAU